UGUUAUAAGACACACUUCUCUUACAAGAGUUCAUGCUACAACAUAGCAAAGAACUUUAAAUUUUUGGAAGAACACUGUAUUCAUUUUGGCAUUGUACAGAGAGGAAACUCGGUGGCCUCUUCUCCACUCCUCAAAAUGAUAGCAAUCUCUGCCAUCAGCAGUGCGCUCCUCUUCUCUCUUCUCUGUGAAGCAAGUACUGUUGUCUUACUCAAUUCCACUGACUCAUCCCCGCCAACCAAUAAUUUUGCUGAUAUUGAAGCAACUGUAAACGCACCACUAGAUUCAGCGGAUAUUCCCAAAGCCAGGCGGAAGCGCUACAUAUCCCAGAAUGACAUGAUCGCCAUUCUUGAUUAUCAUAAUCAAAUUCGGGGCAAAGUAUUCCCACCAGCAGCAAACAUGGAAUAUAUGGUUUGGGAUGAAAAUCUUGCAAAAUCUGCAGAGGCCUGGGCAGCUACUUGCAUUUGGGACCAUGGACCUCCUUACCUGCUGAGAUUUUUGGGCCAAAAUCUAUCUGUACGAACUGGAAGAUACCGCUCUAUUCUCCAGCUGGUCAAGCCAUGGUAUGAUGAAGUGAAAGACUAUGCUUUUCCAUAUCCUCAGGAUUGCAACCCUAGGUGUCCUAUGAGAUGUUUUGGUCCCAUGUGCACACAUUAUACACAGAUGGUUUGGGCCACUUCUAAUCGGAUAGGAUGUGCAAUUCACACUUGCCAGAACAUGAAUGUUUGGGGCUCUGUAUGGAGACGUGCAGUGUACUUGGUGUGCAACUAUGCCCCAAAGGGUAAUUGGAUUGGAGAAGCACCAUAUAAAGUAGGAGUACCAUGUUCAUCUUGUCCUCCAAGUUAUGGAGGAUCUUGUACUGACAAUUUGUGUUUCCCAGGAGUAACAUCAAAUUACCUGUACUGGUUUAAAUAAGCUUACUUUCUCCUCCCCAGAAAAUAUAAUGGUUUCUGGGGAUCAUAGUCAUAUAU